GAGGGGGGAGCCCCAUUGGCGGGGAGGCUGCUCGCCCCGGCCCAGCCCCGACGACGCGGCGGGUCCCCGGAGCGCCCCCCUCCUCCGCGCCGCCUCGCCGUGCGCCCUGCCCAUGGUCUCGUGUACAUUCCUAUCGGGUGUGAGAUGCCAGGCGACAUCCCAGUGGUGGCUCUUUCUGCAGUCAAGGACUGAAGCAUGUGAGCAGGAACACCAUGGAGGGUGCAGAUUACGAGAUGCCUUCUGCCAAGCCAGCUAGCUUGUCCCUUCCUUCCCCAUCCUCAUUGUCUUCCUGUGAUGGAGCUGAUGCCCUGGCUUUCAAUGGGGAGCUUGACCUGCAAUGCUACUCCAAUGGGCCAGGGGGGUCAGGGGGUGAAGCCCGCCCUUACCCGUGCCCCAUUUGUGGCAAGCGUUUCCGCUUCAACAGCAUUCUGGCCCUGCACACUCGCAUCCACACUGGGUCCUACCCUCUCACCUGCCCCUAUUGUGGCCAUCGGGCAGGGCAGCGUGCCAGCCUGCGCGUCCACCUGCGCUCCCAUUGCCCUGAGGCUCGUGCCCGCCUUGGCCACCAGAGCCGCCUGCUGCUCGAACUGGAGGAGCGGGCUCUUCUGCGGGGCCAAGAAGAAGAGGAGAAGGACGAGAGAAGGCCAGCUCCUCCUGUCCCACGCCCACCCCGGCCCACCUUCCGCUGCCCUUUUUGCAAGGGCAAAUUCCGCACGGCAGCUGAACGAGAGCGCCACCUACGGAUCCUUCACCAGCCGUACAAGUGCGGGCAGUGCUCCUUUGCAGCCGCCCAUGAGGCAGAUCUUCAGUGGCAUAAUCAGCAGGCUCACAGCCUCCCCACCAACAGGCCCCCCACUCCUCCUGCCCCUAACCCUCCUGCUGCAGUUCUGUCCACCCCUCCUGUCUCUACCCCCUCCACUCCUGCACCCUCUGCACCAACUGAGUUCCGCUGCCAGGUGUGUGGCCAAGCCUUCACCCAGUCCUGGUUCCUCAAAGGUCACAUGCGGAAGCACAAAGACUCCUUUGACCACAAGUGCCAGGUGUGCGGCCGUGGUUUUAAGGAACCCUGGUUCCUCAAAAAUCACAUGAAGGUUCAUCUCAGCAAGCUGGGCCUUCAGAGUGAACAAAGAAGGCCGGGAACAGGACGGUCACCACAGAGCUUACUUGUAGGAUGCGAGGCCCUCUACCCUUCGCUCCUGUCCCCUCGGCCCACAGACAAGGCUAGCACGGGUAAUUUCCUGGGCUAUGGUGAUGCCAGCUGUGCUGAGAGACUGCAGGCCACUGCCCGAGCAGUGGAGAGUGGCCAGCAGUGGAAGGAGCGCCCUUACGCGGGAGAGCCCAAGCUUGCGAGAGAUAACCCUGGAGGGACCCAUCGUUGCCCAGACUGCACACGGAGCUUUACCACAUUCCAGCAGAUGGCACUGCAUCGCCAAAGCCACCUGUCCCGAGACAGGGAGUGGAGCAAGGGACAGUCACUGGGUUCUCAACUUCUCACUGGACACUGGCUGCCCACAAAUGUUAGAGCCUCCACUACGAGCAACACCAGCCCAGCUCUGCUGACGCAAGGGGAAAAGGAUGUGCAGGGGCAGUCACGCCGGGGCUCUGGGAAAGAUUGCCCAUUCUGUGGAAAGUCCUUUCGCUCCUCCCACCAUCUCAAGGUGCACCUCCGUGUCCACACAGGUGAGCGCCCGUACAAAUGUCCUCACUGUGACUAUGCUGGCACUCAGUCUGGCUCUCUCAAGUAUCACUUGCAGCGCCACCACCGGGAGCAAAAGAGUGCUGCUGCAGCAGCUGCCGCUGCCGCUGCCGGAACACUGGAACGGUGCCACAUACCCCUUGCUCCCACUGCAGUCUCUGCCUUUCCUCCAACGCAGCACACCAAGAGCCAUGGGCCCUUCCUACCCCUGGGGGGCUUGGGUGCUGCUCGGUCCCGUCCGUCCCGUCGCAAACCGCUGCUCAAUGGGAAGGCCGACUUCCAGCCCUUGGACCUGUCGCUGCGCCCAGCCUUGGCCGGAGGAGCUCUCCACCGCUGCCAGUUUUGCCCAUUUGCCACCUCAGCUCCUGAGCUUAUGGACUUACACCUUCAGGUCCACCACAGCCGAAAAGCCCGAACCCGCCGCUGCUCCCACACUGCUCCUAAGCCCCGUGUGGUGGUGCAGGAGGAGGAGGAGGAGGAGGAAGAGGAAGAGGAGGAGCAGGAGAUAUCAGAACCUCAGAGCCCCCAGCUGAAAGGACCCAAGUCCCUAAGUCCAAAGGGGGAGGCGACCAAACUCCAGAAGCGCUGGCAUUUGGAAGACCAGGAUGAGCCACCCAGACCCGAGCUGCCUCGAAGGAAGCAGUCUUCUGACGGAGCGGUAGUUGUUGCCAGUGUCUCUCCUGGAGCUCAGCAGGAUUGGGAUAGUCUGUCGCAAGACUCUGAGGAGCCAAUACCUGAGGAGGAAUUGUCUGGCCCCCAGGUCCCAAAGGGGGCAGCACAUCAGGAGGCAUCUAAAGCAGGCCAGGGCCUCAUGGAAUUGCAGUUGGAGCCAGUGCAGGCUUGAGUACAUCGCCUCUGCAUAUUUAAACCAGUUUCAAACCUGUUUAACUGUCAUGACAACUCCUGACCCAAAGGACUCUGGGAACUGUAGUUCUGUUCCAUGAAAUGGCACUCUAAUGGAGACUUUUCAACACUUGUACAAAACUACAGUUCUCAGAGUUCUGGAGGGUAAAGUUGAAGGGGAGGGGCCUUGUAGCUUAGAGCUUUGCAUGCAGAAGGCUCCAGGUUCAAGCAAUUCCUUGGUUAAAAGAGGUUAAAAGAGGCCUGCAUUUUUGGAGAGGUGCUGCCAGUCAAAGCAGACCGUACUGGGCUAGAUAGACCAGUGGUCAGAUUCCAUAUAAGGCAACUUCAUACAUUCAUUAGACAGUUAAACCAGUUUCAAACCUGUUUACAUUUGUAGCAUAGAUGUGCUGAGACCAGAAGAGACAGAUAGAAAGACGCUACCCCACAAGCAACAGGGUUCCAUGCCCAUCUGUGAGAAGUGUUGGGGUAGGAGGUAGUGGGGGUGUCAGCUUUUUCAGAAGUAAGUCUCUCUCUGCCUUUUAACAGCAACAAGACAGAUGGGAAUUCAAGAGGCACUCGCCCUCUCUGUCAUUGAAACUGUUAAAGGCACAGAACCCUGACGGGAAAAAGUGAUCACCCAAGAAGGUAGAGGCUGUGAUGUGGCCUAGGUGUGAAGUUGGGUGAAAAGCAAGUGAUACUGUAGCAGUCUUUUUUAGUCAAACAGGGUUUUGGGGUAAGGUGGCUGGAAUACACGAGAUUCCAGCCUCUUGCUCGUGCCUCAGUUCUGGGUUUGCCGCUGUUUCCUUUGGGUGCCGCUGCCUGAGGAUUCGGGCCCUUUCACUAUCUAAAUUGGUGGCACAGGGGCAGGAUUGAGAGGUUUCCUGUGGGACCAGACUCCUCUAAGUGGACUGGUUUUGUAAAAGGGGAGAAUUACUGCAGGUGCAGCUUUCGUUUCCAUUGUGCUGCCAUGAUGGGAAAAAUUGUACCUGCCCAAUUUCUUCUUUCUCUGUUGCUAUCAAGGGGCAGAGAAGCCCUGUCCCUAGGAACCCUGUUGACCCUGAAGAGCCACAGAGGCAGAGGGGCCAUAGGCUGUACCAGCCACUCGGCUUGCAGGGACUUUAUCCUCUUGAGUACCAUGUGAGGCAGCCCAUCUUCAGAGCAAGUGGGGAAUACAGUCUCCUGUGCUUAGCCAGUGGCCCAGUUCCCAGUAUCUUGUCUCUGUAGCGGCCCAGUGACAGAGCUUUGUUUCUGUAGUAACCUGGCACAGCAGGGAGCGUGACAACUUCUAGAGUUUUCUAUUUUUUUAUUGUUUUUUCUUGUAGAAAAUUUGAAACUGGAAAUAAAAAUUAA